AUGAAAGGUCUUCUCUGGUCUAAGAACAGGAAAUCUUCAACGGCCAGUGCUAGUUCAAGCUCAACUUCCACGUCUCAUAAGACAACUACUGCGUCUACAGCAUCGUCGUCGUCGCCGUCAUCAUCCUCUCAAACUAUUCGAAACUCGACAAGCGGUGCUUCUCCAUACAUGCAUUCCCACCAUCACCAUGGCCAGGGACACAGUCACCACAGAGGGGAAGACAACAACAGAGAUAAGAGAAAAAGCUCCGUAUUUCCACCCUCCAAGCAGUACACAUCCACUAGUUCCAGUCAGGUGAACUUGGGGAUGUAUCAUUCGGAUACUAACACCAGAUCUUCUAGAAGCAUAGCCUCUACGCUAAAAGACGAUUCUCCGUCUGUCUGCUCCGAAGAUGAAAUAAGCAAUUCUUCUAGCCAGAAGUCCAAUGCCCAGGAUGAGACUCCCAUUGCGUACAAGAAGAGUGCCCAUUCGAAAGACUCAUUGUUGCCUUCACGUUCCUCGUCUUUAUCACCUCCUCAGUCUCGAUGUAGCACUGGAACUACGCUAGAGAAAUCGUUGAACACUUCAGGUAUCAGUAACAGUAGCGGCACUAAUAAUAACAAUAGCAAUAAUAACAACGAUAACGAGCAAAAGCAAAGAAAUGUUAUCCACUUAAACUCUGAAAACUAUGAUACAACUGUUUUUAAGACUGGAUGGGUUAAUAAGUCCCAUGGCCAGACUGUUGCUACAAACUAUAAUAGCUCAAUGACAGCCCCUUCCUCUUCCUCUUCGUCCUCCUCUCAGAAUCUCCGUAAUGAUGCGUAUUCUAGAAACAGGGAAAGCAGGUUUUAUGGGAACGACGGUUCGUCUUUAAAAAAUGAUGACAGCAGUAGUACUACGGCCACUAACAGUGGCAAUGAUGUGGCCUCAGCAAGAAGCAGCAUGGCUAUAGAUCCUCAAAUGCUAGUACCUGAUUACCGUCUUUAUAGGGCUCAAUUGAAAGGUUGCGUUCUCAACCUUUACAAAAGUGGUUUGAAUAGUAACAUUAAGUUUUUUGAUCCAACUUUACCAGCUUCAAAUAGUAGUAUAGCAAAUGAAAACCAUCAACAGAAAAAACAACAAACAAACAACCAAGCACAAGCGGAAGCUCUGCACCAAAAGCAAUCAUUUGGCCAAAUGGGUGAACCUAUUACACUGGACCUGAAGUAUUUAUCUGAAGUUUACCCGCACCCAGAUUUAAGACAAGACAGUGAUGGUAAAAUUAUAUCAGGCACAAUAGAAAGUUUAUGUCACACAGUCUUAUUUUACCCCGGUCCAAAGCAAUCGGACGUACCUAAUGAGAAAUCAUUAUCUAAGACACAUAGAGCUGUUAUUAAUCUGUUAUUGAUGUUUCCAUUACUAGAUCAUUUCAUUAAGUUUCUAAAGGUAUUCAACCAAUUCGGUCUUUCUUUUACCAAGAAUAAAUCAAGAUUGACAAAUAAUUCCACACAAUUCUACAACAUAUCCCCUGCUGUCGAUGACUCCAUGACUCAAAGAUUAGCUUUAACUGCUAAAACAAUCCUUGAUGUAUUUCCGGGAUUUUUGCUGGAUGAACCAAUGCUGAAGACUAUAAUUUCCUUAUUAGAUACUAUAUCUUUGCAUAACGAUGAAAUUUCCAACAAUUUGAAAAUUAAAAUCGCCAAUAAACAUAACGAAUUAAUGAAACUUACCGCAUUCACUCGAUCUCUUCCAAUGGCAACAUCAUCUACACAUGAAUUAGAGAUUAUAUUGGAUCCAAGUCAUUUCCUGUCUUUAGACAUUACAACAUUGGCUGAUGAAGUUCAUCAUAUCAAUUUAAAGUUUGAUAAAGUAUGGGCACCGAAAUUUGACUAUUCUCUGCUGUAUGAUUCGAAGUUUAUUAAUCGAAGAAUUGUCUCGUUAAAUCCAUUGGUAUUCAACAACGACCAAAAUAUCCAUUUUCUUGGAAGGCUACUAAUAUCACAUUUAUUUCCAACAAAUCCUGAGUUUAGUAAAAAAGUGACUCCAAAAGUGAGAGCUGAGUUAUUAGAUAAAUGGGUCCAAAUUGGCUGUAGAUUUGAACAUUUAGGAGACAUGGUAUCAUGGCUAGCUGUCGCCACUAUCAUUUGUUCAAUUCCUGUACUAAGGUCAUCUUCAUGGAAAUAUGUUCCUGAUCAGUCAUUGAAAACUAUUUUUAAAGAUUGGGUUCCUACCAUUAUUCAGUUAGAGAGGCGACAAAGGACAUCUAAAUCUACAAGUAGUGUUUUCAUACUCGCUCCUCCAAAUCUGGAUGACGACUUUACGAGAGCUAACGUGAUUUCUUAUUUUGGCGAUUUAUUAAUUCAUGCUGAUGAUUUACCAUCUGAUACGAAAUUCAAGUACUUGGAAAAGAAAAUUAACAGAACAAAAAACGCUUUUCAUAAAUGGCAACAAAGAUUACAAGCAAUCGACUCUACGAGACAUAAAACUAAUUCGACAGAAAACGUCAGGGAUAAUGAUUCUCCUAAUAACGUUGUUUAUCAGCUCUGGAAAUUUCAUUUAUCACAACCUCCGUUGAACAUUGAAGGAAUAAUGAAAUUAAGUGUCCAACACGAACCUCCAAUAAUCGACCAGAAAGCGUAUUCUACUAUUGGUUCUCAAAGGAGUGCUUUAGUAACUGGAAGUUAUUUACCCAUUUUAUUCAAUGAACUAUUCCCAAAUUAUUCACUAUUUCCUAAGAAUACAUUAGUGGGUGCUGCCAGUGAUGCGAAGUUGCCGCCUCCAAGAUCAUCCGCGCGCCUCUCAAAAUCACUUUCAAUCAGUGAACCAAUUCCAAUAGCUUCAAACAGUCACACUAUGGGCUCAUUAACAGAUGAUGCUAUGUCCUCAAAAAAUGAUAAUAAUAAAGUUACAGGUGUUGGAAAAAUUGACGGACCUGUGAUCAAAGAGAUGUCGUCAAAACAAUCAAAUAAACAGAGACUAUUAAAAUCUGUGAGAGAUGUUUUUAAUAUUGACAUGGAUGUGUUUCAUAUAUCAGAUGAGUUAGUAUUUAAAUCGGUAUACGAUAAUGAUGGUAAAUCCCGUCCUGCUAGUAUGGUCAUAGAAACACCAAAGAGAUUCUCACAACACUCUUCCAUGCUUAUUAAUAAUCCAGCUACUCCAAACCAAAAGAUGAGAGAUUCCUUGGAUACCACUGGAAGACUAAGUAAGACAUUAGAAAAUAUGGACUUUUUCAACAAUAUUGGUCAAGUAUCAGAUUCACUAAAAGAAUCGAUUAUUCGUGUCGUAUUGAAAUCGUCGUCGCUAGAAAAGAUUUUUGAUUUACUGGUAUUAACUUCAAAUAUCUUUUCAAAAUUGGUAGACACUAAAGACCUUGAGAAUUAUUACUAUCAUCAAAGACAAAGGGGUCAUUCUACCAGAGGGCUUUCCGAUGAUAACAUAGGACUACUAGAUUAUGCAUUCGUUAAACUAACUAUGGACAAUGAUAUUUUCACAGAAACAUUCUUCAACACUUAUAAAAGCUUUACUACUACAACUACGGUAUUAGAAAAUAUGGCAAAACGGUAUGUUGGUGCAAAGAGUUGCAGCGUGUCAAUUUCCAAGAUUUUAGAUCGCAGUGAUGAUUCUAAAAUGAAGAUAAAUGAGGAUACAAAUUUAGUGUCCUCUUCAUUAUACGACCAAAAUUUUCCUGUUUGGGAUAUGAAAGUAACUGACGAUGAAAACAUAAACCUUAUUUAUAUGGCAAAAAUCCAAAUCGGCGCCGCGGAAGCUAUACUACAUUUAGUGAAAAAUCAUUACUCUGACUUUACUGACGAUUUAUGUAACAACUCUACUCUAUUGGAUAUUAUAAAAAUAAUGGAACAAGAAGUAUCCACUGAAUGGCCUACGCGAAUUGCAAACUCAAAGUUACAAAAAAGCCUACCAGAAAAUUUUGUGAUUGAAACAGAAAAUUUGUUGACUACGUUAACUGAUCUAUUUCAUGGUAUUAAAUCAGCAUACCAAAAGCAACUAUACAGACCUAUUGGUGUCAAUAGAACUCAGAAGAGAAUAACUGACAUUUUGAAUUCCUUUAACACAUUCUCUUUUACAGAUCUUAACAACAUCAUUGAUGAUCCUUCCUUUAGCGAUGACAUGAUUAGAUCUUUUCAAAAGUUACACUCAACCAAUUACGAAGAUAUACUAGAAUGGAUCUACCAGUUAGAUAACUUUAUUUCUAAGAAGUUCAAUUUAGUUUCUAAGAAAGAUUGGAUAGUUCUUUUCCAGGAGUUGGAAUUGCUUUCAAAGGAAUCUCUGGUCUCUUUUUUCAAUUAUCCGCUACAUUUUAAGUCAAGCAAAUUGAUAAACCCCGGAUAUUUGCAAUUGCACGAGUUUGAAAUUUCCAAUCUUUUUACUUGGAUUUCUACAUUGAUUCUUAAGGAUGAUAAUGGUACGGAGAGUCUUUUUUUUGAAAAACUACCACAAUCUAUAAAAUUGUUAAUAAAGUUACACACGAGUCUAACUACGUUUUUCGUGAUGGAAAUUUCAAACGUCAACAAAAGCAGUAGUGAAAGGUUAACUACUUGUAAAGUUAUAUUACAAAUUUUGAACUACAUCCGCUGGAAAAACGGAAGUUUGGAUUUAUUUGAUUCAGAGGAGGAUGAAAGUCCUCAUGCUAUUUGUCCACACAUUCCAGCUUUUAUUGAAACUGCUAUUGCGCAUGCCAUAAUAUCACCAGAGUCUAGAAACUAUGAACUUUCGUGGAUCAAAGCUUCUGAAAAACUUUCGGACCCUACUAAAGGAACCCAAAAUCUAAGAUCGAUUAGUAACGUUUUAGAGAAGAUAGAUGACAUACAUAUAAAGAGAUUCAUUGAGAUUGAUGAUGUAUUCAGCAAAAACUGCAAGAAUUUAUGCCCCUGCCCUGGUUGGUUCAUUUCAAGGUUACUAGAAAUAUCUCAGUUUGUCCCUAACAUGAGUAUCACUAAUUCGAAACUUAUUAAUUUUGACAAAAGGAGAUUUGUUAACAACAUAAUAUCUAAUGUCUUGGAUUUAAUUCCGAACGAAAGGGAGUUUCCACUUGAUAUUGAAAUGAGUGACGAAAAUCCUUCGAAAAGAACUACAUUUGGCCGCAUUCUGUUCAAUAAUUUUGAAGAUGUUAAUAAAGUAUACAGAAAGAAGACUAAAAAAGUAUCAGAAUCAGAAGCCAUAUCGGAGAGAUUUCAAGAGCAGGGAGUAUUUAAUGAAAUACUAGUCAAUGAAAUUGAAAAAAUAAAGAGGGAAGCCAGAAAAUUAGAGGUUUUACUCGAUCAAGAAAAGAUCUUGAAGAACUCUGCUGCUUUACAUCAGGCCGUUCCGAAAAAGAAUAGGAAGUCUGUUAUUAUCUCAGGUACUCAUAGUGACAACGAUCAUAGCUAUAAUAUCAAUAAGAACACCGGUCAAACGCCUUCUCUAGGUAGUGUUAUGGAAAGCAAUAAUUCAGCAAGGAAUAGAAGAGAUUCAAGGGCCUCCUUUUCCACAAAUAGAUCAUCAGUAGUGUCAAAUUCCAGCCAUAAUGGUGUUAGUAAAAAAAUAGGUGGAUUUUUCAGAAGACCAUUUUCAAUCGGUGGAUUCAACACAUCCAGUUCUAAUUAUUCACUCAACAGUAUAUUAUCGCAAGAAGUUUCAAGUAACAAAUCCAUUCUACCAAGUAUACUUCCAGAGGUUGAUUCCAUGCAACUACACGACUUAAAACCUAGUUAUAGUUUGAAGACCUUUGAAAUCAAGUCAAUAAUGGAAAUAAUCAAUCACAGAAACAUUCCGGCUUACUACUAUGCGUUCAAGAUAGUUAUGCAAAAUGGCCAUGAAUAUCUGAUUCAAACGGCUAGUUCUAGUGACCUCACAGAAUGGAUAAAAAUGAUCAAGGCUUCCAAGAGAUUUUCAUUCCAUUCGAAAAAAUAUAAAGGUAAAACUCAUAAUAAGAUAUUUGGGGUACCAUUAGAAGACGUUUGUGAAAGAGAGAAUACCUUGAUACCUACAAUUGUUGUGAAAUUGCUGGAAGAGAUUGAGCUGCGUGGGCUAGAUGAAGUGGGAUUGUACAGAAUUCCUGGUUCCAUCGGCAGUAUAAAUGCACUAAAGAACGCAUUUGACGAAGAAGGUGCAACAGAUAAUUCCUUUACAUUAGAGGACGAUAGAUGGUUUGAAGUGAAUGCGAUCGCAGGCUGUUUUAAGAUGUAUUUAAGAGAGUUACCAGAUUCUUUAUUUUCUCAUGCUAUGGUGAACGACUUUACCGAUUUGGCGAUUAAGUAUAAAGCACAUGCAAUGGUAAAUGAAGAAUACAAGAGAAUGAUGAAUGAGUUACUCCAAAAGUUACCUACAUGCUAUUACCAAACUUUGAAAAGAAUUGUAUUUCAUUUGAAUAAAGUACAUCAGCAUGUUGUAAAUAAUAAAAUGGACGCAUCAAACUUGGCUAUUGUAUUUUCCAUGAGUUUUAUAAACCAAGAAGACUUAGCCAACAGCAUGGGGUCCAGAUUAGGUGCAGUUCAGACAAUCCUGCAAGAUUUUAUUAAGAAUCCAAAUGAUUAUUUCAAGCAAUAA